AUGUCCAAAGUUUUAAAAGAUUUCCUAGCCGUUGAUAAAGAACAAGAGUUAUUGCAAAGUUUUAUACGUUUAGGAGCGCCCAGCGAUGAGGAGGCUCUUGACGAUUCCAAUCAACAUAAAAAGGGAGCUGCUAGAAGACGUGCCAGCAGCUAUACUUCACCCAGAAAGGCAACAGAUAAUCGCCGUAAAUCGGUGAAAUUUUUUGAUGGUGCUGAGGGUCCGACCGAAAAAUCUACGGGACAACGAAUGAAUCGCAUAGAGGCGGAGCUGAGAGCUGCACGUAAAAAAUCCGAAGAUUUAGCUGCUAAAAAGAAAAAGCCAAAAGAAAAUUUUGUAGAUUUCUAUACGGAUAAGGAUCGUGCGGCUGCAGUUAGUGCGGGGGCGUAUGAUAUUAAGCAGAGUUUACAAAUCAAACAGAAACAGGAUCGCAAUGAAACGCUGCUGAUACCAGAUGAGGCGGAUAUAAGUUCGAUUAUAGCGUUGGGUUUGAAAGAGAUCAAAAAUGCAAAUCCGGAAAAUGCCAUACAUUUCUUUUCGAAGGCCCUUGAACUGAACAACACCGACAUUAAUGCCUUAGUCUCACGCAGCAAAUGCUAUUUACUGUUGGGUGAAGCUUCUAAGGCUUUAAUUGAUGCCGAGACAGCCUUAGCUGAGGAUAAAAACAAUAUACGAGCCAUUUAUCAAAAAGCUGAAUCCCUCUACUAUUUAGGACAAUUUGAACAGAGUCUUAUGUACUUCCAUCGCGGUCUACGUGCUCGCCCCGAAUUGGCCUCCUUUCGCCUGGGUGUGCAAAAAACCCAAGAAGCUAUAGAAAACACCAUAGGCGUUAAGAAUUCCAAGCCCGGAACAGCUGGUAAAAAUAAACCUAAACGUUCGGGUGAUAAUACACCUAAAUCACAAAUGACUACUUCAAGACCUCAACGACCUAAGCCAACUAAGGCAGAGUUGGAGCGCAGAAAUGCUCGCAAACUUUUAGGAGAACUUUGUGUGGAUAAAGAGUAUUUGGAGAAUUUACUUAAACAUCCUGAUUUAGUGAGAGCCGAUACAAAUACGGAGAAUAUUUCAAUGUAUGCCAAGGAGGCGGUAGAUUUUCUCAAUAAACGUCAAGAAUUCUGGCGACAACAGAGACCCUGCACCGCCUUGCCGAAUCAUAAGAAUUUGCCGAUGGAUGCUAUGCCGAGAUGGUUCUAGAUUUAAGGUUUUUAAAAUGCUACAAAUUUUCAAAAGGACUGUGGACCAGACU